GUAUAUUUCCCCCGCUAUUUCUAUCACUGAUUUCACAAAGCAAAAAUUGCAGAUAUAUUACAUCUGUGAAAGUACGUGGUAGGCCAUAAUGAAGGGCAAACUCUUGAGGAGAUAAUGGAUCCAAUUCUGAAAAGAAAGAUUGCACCAGAAUGUUGCCAGGUAUUCACUAGUGUCAUGCAGAGAGAUGAGCGACCUACAAUGGGCGAAGUUGAGGUUGUAUAAGUAAUGGUGAUCUGACCUUUGAUGCUUCAAUGGAGGAAGGCUCUUUCUCGGAACCACCAUGUCCGGCGACGGGAGGCCGGCAAGAGCUCCGGACAAAGACAACCAGUCCGAACAAGAACAAGAUCUUCUCCAGAGAAGCAUAAAAAAGGUAAAAAAAGGAGAAGCAGGAUUUACGGAAUCGUCGGUUCUUGUCCCUCGCGAUGAAGAUUGGAUGCAUCACAAAGAAGGUCAAUCUGGAGAAAGAUCUUACGCCGACAUGGUUACAGGGAAGAUAUCAGAUUUGGAGGACGACUCGCUUGAGGACGAUUCUCGACUCUGAAUCUAGAGAUGAGGAGAUGCAAAGCGAUCAAGAAGAUAUCCCUGAAACAGCGAAUGAAGAUAGAAAUAAUGAGCAAUCUAAAAGAUCUGAGAAAAAUGAAAUCAUAGUGGAGGACAUGGGAGAUGGGCUGUACAACAUCAUCAUCAGCGAGAACACCAGAAAUGAACUAUUGAAGCCUUGGUGGAGAUCUCUUAUUGUCAAACUAAUGGGAAGAAAAAUUGGCUAUGCUACUAUGAAAAAGAGGAUUGAAACCAUGUGGGAAAGUUAUGUAGGUAUAGAUGUCAUAGACUUUGGUAAUGAAUUUUAUCUUGUAAAAUUCUAUGCUCAGGAUGACAUGGAUUAUGCACUCUUAGUAGGCCCUUGGAAGAUAUACGACCAUUGCCUAGCAGUGAGGUUGUGGGAACCGAACUUCAAUCCGCUCUUGACCAUCAUUGACAAAAUUACAGCAUGGGUGAGAUUACCAGGCUUACCCAUAGAAUUGUACAAUGAAAGAAUCCUCAGAAAAAUUGGUGAUUUAGUAGGAAAAACCUGCAAAGUGGACCACAAUACACAACAGUUAUGUAGAGGUAAAUUUGCUAGAUUGUAUGUGGAAGUUGACCUGACUAAACUUCUGCUGGAAAAGUACAUGAUAAAUGAAAAAAUGUAUCAAAUAGAGUAUGAAGAAAUACACCAAAUUUACUUCUCAUGUGAAAAAAUUGAUCAUGAACAAAAAGAUUGUGUUAUUUGGAAACGGAAAAAAGAGGAAGAGGCAAAACAAAACAACCAUCAAGAAAAUGAAGUUGAGAGACAACAAGAAAACAUGAAGGAACAAGAGGAAGGAAGACUGAAAGGGUUUGGGAAUGCAAAAAAGGAUAAUCCAAAGGGAAAGGAUGUGAUGGAACAACAAGAUAACAACUUUGGCCCAUGGAUGUUGAUUCAACGAUAAAAAAGGGGAAAGAAAGAGGGAAACAAAGAGGGAGCCAGCACAAGUCGUAACAAUGGAAAAGAAACUAGGAAGGUCAACCAGUCUAGAUUUGUCAUCCUUGAGAUAGAAGAUGAAGAGGGGAUAAAGGAGAGAAAGAGGCUAGAAUCGGUUGUUGAGUUAAGAAAUUAACUAAAUUAAUUUGAAUAA